AUGUCUUCUGCCACUCCUCUCGAUCUCCUUUGCUUCGCUGCCCUCCAGCCCCACGACGAGCUUGUAUACCGCCAGUCUGCUCCUCACGUUCUCCCUCCUGUUACGAACGACAUGCCAGCCAGCCGCACGCUUCCCUCUCUGGUCGCGCUUGCGUCGAUGAACUACGCUACGCCUAACGAACAGCCCCUCCCCCCUCUCCUUGGCUCGCCUAUGCAGGUUCGCCCCUCGGGGGGCCGUGCUGAGAGGUACAAAAAAUACGAGUGCACCGGUUGCGACAAGCGUUUUGAGCGUCCAAGCCAGCUCCGCACACACAUGUUGUCCCAUACUGGCGAGAAGCCCCAUGCCUGCGAAGACUGUGGCCGUCGCUUCUCGGUCUAUUCCAACAUGCGCCGGCACGAAAAGACUUGCAUCAUUGCUCGCGAGCGUAAGAUGGCUGCCCACCGCGACUCGGACACCGAAUCGGAUGACACAUUGAGUGCCAGUGCAAGCAGCGCAUCUGCUAGCCCUGUCACUCCCAAGGUCCGAUCGCGUGCUCCGGCUGCUAAGCGCCAACGCACCAACGUCCACCGCGGUUCGGGUGCUCAACCGCAAUGGGUUCCGAUGAGCCUUCGCUCGUUCUCUCCCCCAGACAACAACGCAUUGUCCCCUGUUUCGGUCCCAUCUCCGCCUAUCCGUCCCUGGGGUGCGCGCGAAGAACGCGACUCGUACGAGGAAACCAGCGAAUACCCAUAUCAUCCUUCCAACUGGCGCCAUCGCUUGCCUGGCCCGGCGCUCAUGGCAGCUGAUGAGCUCAUGCGCAACGCAACUAUGCCUCGUCGGUGGUUGAUGGUCUAA